CGUUGAGAGCGUAGGGCUUGUCUCUCUCUCAUGGCGGCUUUUGUCGCGCUGCUAGCGCUGUGCGUUUGGACGAUGAUCUUCGCGUAGAUCGUGAGCUCGCACACCGUGAUCGUCAUCGGAGGUGGGAUGUCUGGAAUUAUGGCCGCCAAGACGCUGGCGGACAGCGGAGUGACGGAUUUCCUGAUUCUCGAGGCGACGGAGAAGAUUUGGGUGAGAAUGCGGUCCCAAAAAUUUCGGGGGAUUAACGUCGAGCUGGGAGCUAACUGGGUGGAGGGUGUCAAUGGGGCCAAGACAAAUCCCAUCUGGGAGCUUGCAAGGCUUCAUAACUUGCGGACUUUCUUCUCGGGCUGGAACAUCACGGAUAACAUCUGCACUGACAAGUUUCGUACGUUUGGUCCUUUGUUCUCUCGAGCUCCAAACGUUUUCCUCUUUUCUAACGUUUUAUUUUUUUUAGCUCUUUCAGGGGUCGUUUGCCAACUUCUGAGGCUCAAGAAGUAUGCCAGAGAUCUGCGGCGGCCUGGGAGUUUGCAAACAAAAUCGGUCUUUCAAGACAGGUGAACAAUGAACCAAAUAUCUCUAUUUUGACUGCCGAGCGACUCUUUGGACAGUAAGUAUAUUUUCGACUGAUUUUUUCUUAGGAAGAUGAUUGCAUAUCCAGCUUGCCAUCAAAGCCGGUGGCUCUAGAGUAUUACAACUAUGACUAGGAGUUUGCAGAUUUAAAGGUUUUCUUGCUGCUGUGACUAAUUUUUUAACUGCUGAAUAAAUGUCUUGCAGAGCCACCUCGUUUCACAAGCUUAAAAAAUACAAGCCAACUCCAACCUUCCACGAUUUUGGGAGUGAUUCACGCAUGGUGGCGGACCCGCGGAAAUUUUCUCACCUCGUUCACGAGCUGGCU